UCUCUCUGUACGGCACACUGACACACAGCUCUGUUUUACUUACGCUCUCACUGAUGACACACUUUUUCAGUGAAGGGAUGGAAGAGAGAAUCUCCAGUUAUGCUUGUUAAUUUUAUUGGUUUCUCACAUUUUUGUAUGCUUCUGCAAACUCUCCAACAAUCUUAUUGUUCCCCUUAAUGAAGGAACACAUAACACAUAAACAGGAAGCAGUACAGAAAUAGUCUUUUACCGCAUCAGCCUCACCAGGUCCUCACAUCUGAGACACAGACCUGGAGUGGAGGUGUUGCAACUGGUGGUAUAUCAACACUGUACAGGCAAUACAGACAGAGGGGGAGGAAAAUUGAAUUACAACUUUCUUAAUUCAUAGACUGCUAAUACGUGUUCCUCAAGUUCAAUUAUGUAAUUUAGGGCGACAAAUCAAAACAGCUGGAUUGGUUCUGUCCAGGACCAGUAUUGGAGACCCCGGCGGCCUGCAGCUUAAAUAAGGUUGAGGAUAUGAACACAAUCACCUUUCUUAGAUUAAAUAGUCUUUUAGCUCCACUUCAAUGGGUUAUAUUUCUCAGUUCGAAUACCUCCUUCAGUCGAAGGCUUGAUUAUCUCACUGAAUAGUGUUGCUCUUGUCAUGCAGAACCAUGCUCUGGCACUAUAAGAAGGAAGCUUUGGGGAGAGAAAGAGUUCAACCCUCCUGUCAGUACAGUAACUAGUGAGCAGGAAGGGCCACAUCGGAUUUCGGAAUUUGUGGGAACUUGAAUGCGAGUUUGCAACAACACGACGACUUAGUGUACACGAUUUUGUGCUUCAUUUGGAAAUUUGUCAUUUUUUUUUUAUUGUAAAUGUAUUUUAUUACCAAGAUGUAAUAACCGUUCUGAGAAAUUGGGACAGCAGCUCCCCUUUAACCACAUGGCUGUCCUAGGGCCAAGUAAAGAAGGGGGAGGAUGAUCACACGUAGUCCAGAUAAUUUACUCAGGUGAAUUAAUGUUGGUAUCAAUUAUUAGGACUGCUGUAUCAAAUAAUGUUCUACAUCUCCAUUGGCCUGACAACACCACAAGAAAGGGUCCAGUCAGCUGCCAUGCCGAAAGGGUCACGUGACUGGCAGCUGGUAGGUUGUUGGCUCCUGACAUACUGUAGCAAAAAUGGAGCUGUCUACUGCUCGGCUCCCAGGUGCCUGGAGAAGAAUCCUGUGACUCUGGGAGACGGCUGUAAACAACAUAACACAACCUUGGUCCUGCCGCCAGCCUGGAGUCACUGGGUUGGUCUUAAAGAAACCCCGAUACUGGCCAUCUGGGAUCGGGUGGGUUCGAGGACAGGGGAGUGAUGAGGUCAAGAGGACAUUUGGGGAAAAAAAGAGUAUGUAAUGAAGUAUCUAUGGAAAACAUUGCAAACAUGAUAAGAGACACCUUACAGACAGAUCCCCCCCACCCAGACAGAGUCUUAGAGAAGCAGGUCCUUGGACUUUACAUUUUGUGUCACAACCGAAGUGCUGUGACCGUCCUCCCAGACAGAUCUCACUCCUGGCACUGCUCGGUUCUCAGUUUCCACAGGUCCGACAUCUGAGCUACCUCUGUCCAGGGUAUCUGAGACUGAGGGAUCUCACACUGUGGAAUCUGAGUCUGGGGUAGCUAUGUCUGAAGAUGACACAGUCAAGACACCUCCUGUGCUUCCACACUCCAGUUUCCGUCCUCAGACUCGUCCUGACGGGAGCCGUGUCAGAUGCAGUUUCGCUUUCAGCAGCAGAGGCUGCUACGCGUGCAGUAUCACAGGCCUGAGGUUUGUCAUGGCCUUGCCAGCCGAAGUGCAGUACUGGACUGAGCCCUUCAGAGCUGAGCCCUCCCUCCUCAGCAGCCUGCAGCCUGUCAGCCCCACCUACAACAUCAACUGUCCCGUCAGUGAGGCGCUGAGGCUCGUCUGCUUUCCCCACUCUGAAACCUCACCAGAUAUCUGGGCUCAACUGAAGGUGGCCCACAGACUGGAUGGAAAUACAGAAAUCAUUCAGCCCACGAGAGUGACAGAUUCCCAUGUUGAAGUCAAAGUGGAUAAACUCUCUCCUUUCACCAUCGUGCUGAAAAUCCUUGGCUUUAAAGUGGAGGUGAGAGGUCAGCUGCUGCUGUUCCUGCUGAAACUGUCUUCCAGGCAGAAGCUCAUUAUCCUGCUGCUGCCCUCAAAUGUCAAUGUGGAAGAGGUGAAAUCAAAGUACACUGGGUACAAAUUCAUUCCCACUUUUUCAAACUGCGUCCUCCUGGAGUCGACGGAAUACAGUCUAUCAUGUGGAAUAGAGGGAUCGACAGUCCAGCCAAAGAAACACUUGUUUUUCCGAGAUUACGGCCCUAACUUCCACGGGACCUUUGAAGUCAUACUCUCCCAGGAAGUGAAGGAGCUGGAACUGGAGCUGUUUAGAUCGAAGAGUAAAGAACUGAGAGUCUGGUCUGGGAAGGUGCUGUUGGAAGAUGCUGUAGAAGUAGCGGCUCCUCCAGCAGCCCGUGCCUCUCUUCCUCCAGCAGGAGGUCACUUUGUGGACAGACACUUCACAGAGCUGGUCAGCAGGGUCACCGUGGUAGACCCCAUCCUGGACAGCCUGCUACAAAAAAACCUCAUCACCCUCGAGGGGUACAUUAAGAUCCGCUCCAGAGACACCCCUUCUGAGAAAAUGAGGGAGCUGCUGUUGGGUCCCAUGGUCUCCUCUGGGGACAGGGGGAAGGAUGAGCUCCUGAGGAUCUUGGCAAAGGAGUUUCCCUGUUUGAUGGCAGACCUGAAGGGACAGGCGUUUCCAUAACACCCUCUCUGCGAGAGUCGCGGGUCGGAGGUGAACAAACCUUUACAGGAAACCCUUUCCUACCCGGCCCGCUGUCGACUGUGGAGCCACCGGAGCUGAGAGGAGGGACCCCGUCCUGGGUCUGAGCAGGAGGAAGAUACAAACACCCUGGUCAGCCAAACACGGACCCUGACGACUGACCAGGAGGAGGGAGGACAGCACAACUUAAAAACCAGCCUUUACCCCCCAGCAGGCAAGAGGAAACACCCCAGGACUAUAUUUUAACUUGUUAUUCUGGUUCAAAUUAGUUUGAUUUCUAUACAUUUUCUAUUCUAAAAUUUGACAUUUUUAACUAGCCACAUUGAAAUGCGUUGGUCUCACACAACUUGUUCUCAAUCCCACUCAAAAAAGGACCUUGGACUGAAUCACUGCACAUGUGUCUUUUGUUUCACACUUAUCUUUCUGAUCACUUGGCUGUUUCUUUCGAUUGGAAUUCCCUGUCUCACACUCUUCAGCUUUGCAUUGAGUUCAUUUUCACAACAGGCAACCAGAAAAGGCCGAAUCUACAUUGUCUUGCUGUCCUGUCUAUGACACUCUGAAUGACAGGGAGCAAACCUUUAAUGCCUCUCAUCUAACUACUCUUGACACCUUAGCUCCUUUUAAAACUGGCUCUGGUAAAGGCUGACCAGCUGCACUCAAUGAAGGCAGUCUCCCACAAACUAGAAGGGACAAUAAGUGGCAUCAUUCUGGCUUGAAUGUACAUCUACAGUCCUGGAAGGAGCAGUUGACUGAGUACAAGGAUGCAGUAGAGUCUGCUAGAUCCAGCUACUUCUCCCGUAUCAUUGAGAACAACCAUAACAAUCCUAGACAGCUGUUCUACACCAUCAACUCAAGCCUAACUGCCCCAACACAUUACCUGCCUCAUCCCCACUUUGCAACAAAUUCUCUGCACAAACUUACCACAACCACCACUCCACCAAUCACACCUGUUUUACUGGUUCUAAUUGCCUGACAUAAGAAAUGGGCCUUUUAAACACUUCAGCUACAACUGUUCCUAAAAAACAAGCUCAGCUCUGAACAACCUAAACAGUUGUCACCCUAUAUUAUAUCUAACGUGCCUCUUUGUGAAAAUCUGAGUGCGUGCUGCUGCAGCUCAAUUUAACAAUCACCUCAUUGCAAAUAACCACUUUGUAACAGAGAGAGGAACCACAGCGAACAUUAAAUUCCCAUGGACUGAAUUACCAUUUCUAUGAUACUUAAACCUACAGUAUGCCCACACUAACCCUGACACUAAAGUAGCUAUCUCUGCACUCUUAAACUGCAUUUCUGAUAUUAAAACCUUCAUGACUUACAAUUUCCUUUACAAACUGCCACAAGACAAGCCCCAUGAACACUGUAGAGCUAAUGCAGUAAUCCUAUCUGUGAAUUGCACUGUACUUGAGCUUCAAUCUUAACUGAAGAACUGAAGAACUCUGGUUCCCGUCUCUCCAGCUUCUCUCUUCUUGACUCAGCAUCCCUAAACAAACUAGUUACACGCAUGAAACCCACCACAUCU